AUGGAAAAAUACCAUGGAUUAGAAAAAAUUGGAGAAGGUACAUAUGGUGUAGUUUACAAAGCACAAAAUAAUUACGGCGAAACAUUCGCGUUGAAGAAAAUAAGACUGGAAAAGGAGGAUGAAGGCAUUCCGUCAACCGCGAUUAGAGAAAUUAGCAUUCUAAAAGAGUUAAAGCAUUCAAAUAUAGUCAAGUUGUAUGAUGUCAUACACACAAAGAAAAGACUAAUAUUAGUUUUUGAGCAUCUCGACCAAGACCUCAAAAAACUUCUAGACGUAUGCGAUGGAGGACUCGAGUCAGUAACGGCCAAGUCAUUUUUACUCCAGUUGCUCAGUGGAAUAGCCUACUGUCAUGAACACAGAGUGCUGCACCGAGAUUUGAAGCCGCAGAAUUUGCUCAUAAAUCGGGAAGGAGAAUUAAAAAUCGCAGAUUUUGGACUCGCCAGGGCCUUUGGAAUCCCCGUGCGGAAGUACACCCACGAAGUCGUCACGUUGUGGUACAGAGCACCGGACAUUUUAAUGGGCUCGAAGAAAUACUCCACCCCAAUUGACAUGUGGAGCGUGGGGUGCAUAUUUGCAGAAAUGGUAAAUGGGAGGCCCCUCUUCCCAGGGGUAUCCGAAACGGAUCAGCUCAUGAGGAUAUUCAGAAUUCUGGGGACCCCCAAUUCGGAGAACUGGCCGAACGUUACUGAGCUUCCCAAGUACGACCCGGAUUUUAUGGUCUACGAGCCCUUACCAUGGGAGACAUUUCUGAAAGGUUUAGACGACACGGGGAUAGAUUUACUUUCGAAGAUGCUGAGACUCGACCCGAAUCAGAGGAUUACCGCAAAACAGGCCCUCGAGCAUGCGUACUUUAAGGAGAGCAAUUAAAAGGAUCCCGCGAGACCGUUGCGUUUCCGCCGGUUCGCAGCGGAGUGGCCCAUUCUUCGAAUAUAUUUGUUAGCCGCUGCAGUGGGCCUUUCCCCUGUGCGCGCGCAGUGUGCACUUACACGAACAGGUCCGCACAACAGGCCCACACACAUGUGGGCACACAAUCAGAUCCGCACAAUCAUCUCCGCGCAUAUACCUAUGUAAACCCUCUCGUGCCUGUGAGAGUGGCCUUUUUUUCUGUGUAGCCCGAACUUACUGCAUAUGUGUAUAUGUACCCAGCAUGCGUGCCGAUAAUCCUACGCACGUGCUGUCUUCCCAAUCCGAUGUUGCACAGUCCUAUUCUCUUGUGCAUGAAUUUUCAAGCGUGGGGACCCCCCACUCGAUCGUACAUUUGCAUGAACCUUAUUCCUAACAGUUGUCACCAGUGGCUCCCCCACCCGCGUAUGUAAUUCGUCUCCCAUCAAUUAGUUAGUG